AUGAGGGCUUCAAAGUAUGGAAAUGAAGAUUUUUGGAUGGUAAGGAAGUAUGUCAAGGAACAUACUUGUCCAAUUGAUGUUAUGUUAAAUGAUCAUCGUCAAGCUACUAGCAAAUUAGUGAGUGAUUGUGUAACUAACUUGAUAAGAGAUGAUGCAACAACAUGUCCUAAAAAGAUAGUAGCUCAUAUGGGGUCCAUAUUAGUUACUUCAAAGCUCGUAAGGCAAAGGAAAAAGCAUUGGAGGCAUUACAAGGAUCUGCUAAUGAGUCGCUCCGUGGUUUAUUAUCAAACUGAUGAUGAAGGCAGAUUCUUAUAUAUGUUCAUGGCAUUUGGAGCUUCCCUUGAAGGAUGGAAGUGUUGUAGGCCAGUCAUAUCAGUUGACGAAACAUUUUUAACGACAAAAUUUGCACGAACAUUGUUCAUGGCAUGUGCCAUGGAUGCCAAUAAUCAUAUAUUCCCAAUAGUUUUUGGCAUCGGAGAUUCCAAGAAUGAUUCUUCUUUGAUUUGGUUUUUCCAAAGAUUAAGAGGUGCAUUAGGAACUCGAGAUAAUUUGGUUAUUUUCUCAGACAGACACAGGAGUAUUGAGAAUGCAAUAUCUAGUGUGUAUCCAGAUGUAGAACAUGUUCUAUGCACCUAUCAUUUGUUGAACAACCUAAAAUCUGCAUUGAAGUUCAAGGGCCAUGAUGUGCUAUUUGAGAAUUGUUCACGAUCUUAUUUAAAGAUUGACUUUGAGUUUUAUAAGCGCCAAAUCGAGUCCAUCAAACCAAGAAUUUUUGUAGCUUUAUUGGAAAAUUUAAGGCAAAAGGUUCAAAAUUGGUUUGAUACACGUCGUUUGGAAGCAGCAAGCACAUUUUCAAGGUUAUCAACAUGGGCAGAAGGUCAGCUUGUUGAGAAAAAUCGCCUAGGUAGAACUAUGAAUGUAUACUCUGUUGGUCAUCAAAUUUACCAAGUUGUUGAUGGUAACUUAGAAUUUUUUGUUGAAAUUCUAAAGCGAAGUUGCACUUGUCGCAAGUGGGACUUAGAUGAAAUUCCUUGCUCGCAUGCAUGUGGUGCCAUAAGAAAAGAAAACUUGUGUCAUUAUACUUAUGUCUCUGACUUUUACAUGAAGGAUGUUUUUGAUAUUCCUGAUAUUGUCAAAGAUCAUGUUGUGCUACCACCCAUUGUAAGGAGAAGAGCUGGCAGACCAAAAAAGAAGAGGAUUCCUUCAGCUGGCGAAAAAAAGAGGCAAAUCAAGUGUGGUAGGUGCAAUGAAAGUGGACACAAUCGUAAAAGAUGUAGAAAUGCUAUUCAUGUGAAGAUGAAAUCUAUGAAGAGGCUGAAAUCUUGUGUUCAUGCUCAUUAA